CAGACUCGGACAGACUAUCCAGAGAACAAUCGAAUGUCCGAGUGUCUGCUAGCCAAGAACCAUGAAAAGGCUAUUAAUAACAAACUCUAAUUAGUGACAUAGAUUCUCCAAUUUUGAGUUCCUAUUUAACAAAAUAUAUGAUACCAAAUGCAUUAAGAAAUUUUAUUUCUCUGAAUUUUACUUCGGGAGUUAAAAAAUAUUUCUCUUUUCAAAAAGCUAUGUCAAAAAUGAUUGGACUCUAAGGGCUUCGUUCCCUUCGCUAUUUCAAUUCGACAAAUAUAAUGCCGCUGUCUACUUUUGUUGUGGAAAAAUAAAAUUUAGCUAAUAUGAUAAUGUAUAGCUAACACUUACUUUUUCUAGUGAUUACAAAGAAAUGAAAUCGAAAAUUUAAAAAGGAAUGAUCUGUAAGAAUUAAUUACAUUUAAUAGAAUUUUCUCUAUAAAUAAACGUACACAUCGAAUAUUAAACUUGUGUCUAAAACCUAUCAUAACAAUUUGAAAUGGAAUAUGUGUGUAGUUAUAAUAAUUUUAAAUGCCGUUUAAUAACCAUUGUAUGUAUUUACCCACCUAUUGAUUGUAGUUAUUCGUUACUUAAAAAAAAACAAAAUUUAAAUCUGCUGCCCUAAACACUAUUUACUUUCCGUUUUUCUAUUUAAAAUCAAACAUCUAAAGUGUACGUCGAAAUCAGACGGAAGAGAAAUCAAAAUGCAGAACAUUGCAAAGAUGAUAACAGAACAACUACGGAACCCGAAUGAACUGGAUAUUAGCCUACGAAUGGAGUUUGGACCUUUUGAGACUGUUCACAAAUGGAAACGCAUGUCUGAAUGCUAUGAAUUUGUGGGUGCCAAGCGUAGUAAACACACAGCAAUCGCUUAUAAAGAUGCAAUAUAUGUGUUUGGAGGUGACAAUGGAAAGUCAAUGUUGAAUGAUCUGAUCAGGUUUGAUAUAAGAGAGAAAUCAUGGACUAAAAUGGGCUGUAUGGGUAUACCUCCAGCCCCAAGAUAUCAUCAUUCAGCUGUGGUACAUCGUUCAUCAAUGUUUGUGUUUGGAGGCUAUACUGGUGAUAUACUGGCAAACUCGAAUCUAACAAAUAAAAACGAUCUCUUUGAGUACAAGUUCCAGAAUGCACAAUGGGUGCGGUGGAAGUUUACUGGACAGGAGCCAGUACCAAGAUCAGCACACGGAGCUGCUGUGUAUGAUGACAAGCUGUGGAUCUUUGCAGGUUAUGAUGGGAAUGCCCGUCUUAACGACAUGUGGACUAUCGAUUUAGUGGGAGAAACUCAUCAAUGGGAAAAAGUAGAACAGAAAGGUGAAUGCCCUCCUACAUGUUGCAACUUUCCUGUGGCUGUUGCUCGAGGGAAGAUGUUUGUAUUCAGCGGACAAAGUGGUGCUAAGAUUACCAAUGCCCUUUUCCAAUUCGACUUUGAAAGUCGCAUUUGGACCAGGGUGUGUACGGAGCAUCUGCUGAGGUGUGCGGGGCCGGCCCCGGCGCGGCGCUACGGGCACGUAAUGGCGGCGCACGGGCGACAUCUGUACGUGUUUGGGGGGGCAGCCGAUAACACGUUGCCCGCCGAUUUGCACUGUUACGAUCUCGAUACGCAGAUUUGGUCAGUUGUAAAUCCGGCUCCCGAUUCGCAAGUACCAUCAGGGCGACUGUUCCACGCGGGCGCUGUCGUGGGCGACGCCUUGUACAUCUUCGGUGGCACUGUUGAUAACAACGUUAGGAGCGGAGAACUGUUUCGAUUUCAGCUAUCCGACUACCCUCGCUGCACCUUACAUGAGGACUUCGGUCGCAUUCUGAAAUCGCAGCAGUUCUGCGACGUAACGUUACUGGUCGGAGACGAACAGACACCGGUACUAGCGCACCAAGCCAUGUUGGCUGCCAGGUCUCAGUACCUCAGGACCAAAAUAAAGGAAGCCCGUGAGGAACUAUUGAGUAAGAUAGAAUCGGGCGAAGAGGCGGCCUCAAAUCCAUAUUCGUACGACUCCCCGCCGCAGCUCACUGUAACACUCACCGAGGCCACACCAGAGGCGUUCAAUAUGGUACUCGACUACAUAUACACGGAUAGGAUUGAUCCCACAGAGAAGGACGAGGACCCCGCGUCGCCGGCCACGAUCCUGCUGGUGAUGGAGGUGCUGCGGCUGGCGCUACGGCUGAGCAUCCCGCGGCUGCGCGGCCUGUGCGCCCGCUUCCUGCGCGCCAACCUGUGCGCCACCAACGUGCUGCAGGCGCUGCACGCCGCGCACCACGCCGCCCUGCACUGCAUCAAGGAGUAUUGUCUCAGGUUCGUAGUGAAAGACUACAACUUCACGCCCAUCGUGAUGUCGCCUGAAUUCGAACAGCUGGAGCAGAGCUUGAUGGUGGAGGUGAUCAGGAGGCGGCAGCAGCCGUCGUCCAAACAGGCAGCCCCGCACGACUCUGACGAUGAGAUCACGGGCACGACGCUGGAGCAGGACAUGUGCGGGCUGGCGGGCGCGGGCGGCGCGGCGCUGAGCGACGUGCGGCUGCGCGCGGCGUCGCACGAGCGGCCCGCGCACCGCUCCAUCCUGGCCGCGCGCGCCGCCUACUUCGAGGCCAUGUUCCGCUCCUUCUCGCCGCGAGACAACAUCGUCAAUAUACAGAUAUGCGACACAAUUCCGUCGGAGGCAGCGUUCGACUCUCUCCUGCGCUACAUCUACUACGGCGACACGAACAUGCCCACAGAAGACUCUCUAUAUCUCUUCCAAGCUCCCAUUUAUUACGGAUUCACAAACAAUCGUCUCCAAGUGUUCUGCAAGCACAAUCUACAGAGCAACGUGUCCCCUGAGAACGUGCUCGCCAUACUGCAGGUCGCGGACAGGAUGAAGGCGGCCGACAUCAAAGAAUACGCACUUAAAAUGAUCGUGCACCAUUUUGGGGUUGUGGCGAGGCAAGAGGCAAUAAAGAAUCUAGGUCAACCGCUGCUGGUCGACAUAAUCUGGGCGCUCGCGGAGGAGCCGCAGUUCGAGGUGCCCCUCCCGGUCCAGCCGCACUCGCUGCCCUCCUCGUCCUCGGCAGAUACGAUCACGGACGACGCGGACUACGCGCGCAACAAGUGCAAGCCGCCGCACCGACUGCGCCAUCCGGACUACAGCCUCGCCAUCUGGCGCAGUAACAGCGAUUAGAACGAGCGUACUUUUUUUUGAAGUGAAACUUCUUUAGAUUUGUUGUGAUUUCAAACUCGAUGAAACGAAAUGAAACGAAACGAAAAAAUAAGUCCAUAGAGACACAAACAUAUGAAUGCAUAUAGGAUUCAGCCGGCGAGAGAAUGAGAUAGAACACAUUAUACGUGUGAAGUUAAAAUAUCAAUUCACAGAGGGCGCUACCUCAUACUACAAAAGAUGAUUUAUGAUUAUUUCUAUUUAGUUUGUUAUCAACAGAUUUCGCUGCGCGUAAAUUCAACAAUUCCUGAAUCGCGGUGACGAGAUGUUACGCAGUUGAUAGACGGUCUCGUAAUUCUCUUGCUUAAUUAUACUCACCUGGCUUAGUGAUACCGUGAUCAUGCAGGCGGUUUCCCCAGGGUGAGGCUGCUCCAUUUCACUGCGGAGUGGUUGACUCUUGCUAUUUUUUUUAUGUUUUUAUCAGUUUCACUUCUACUGUGUGUGACUUCCACGCACACACUUUUUUUUGUCCUACGUAUGCUGAUAGCAUUAAGAGGCUAUUUCAGCUUCACCCUGGCGUGUAGGUGAGCUCUCGGGGCUCAAACUGAAGUGAUGCUAACACUGGCCCUAGCAAGAGCAGUGCUUCGCAGAAUCUACCGCCUGAUCGAAAACGCAACCUACUGAAAAGAUCCGGCGAGAAACUCAGUCGGUAUAAUAGGUAUUACAAAUUAUACGAUUUCUUUUUAUUUUUGAUACAUCGUUUCUGUAAAAAUAGUAAUUUAUCUCUAUAUUUUUAUUAGGGCUGUUUAAGGUAGGCUCCUAGAAAUUAUAAAAAAUUUACUAAACGCUUCUAUUAAAUUCUAUAAAAUUACGCCUAAUUAUUGAUCACUGUACGAGUCGUUAUAAUUAUUAUUAUAAUAAUUUGGAGCCGCUUUUUUUAUUCAAAGCAUUAGAGGAUGUAAGAAAUAAAACAAAUUGAAAUCUCGAGGUGCCAGUGAUUAUAAUCGAAUUCCAGUUAUUGAUUGAACAGGUUUCGUUUAGUUUAAAAGUGUUUCCCCUGUGUUACACAGGGUCGUCGACCCAAAAUUGGACUACAAAAAUAUAUGAAAAAUCUAAUGCCAAUGUUGUCCAACAGCAAUCACUAGCAGUUUUCCGGAAUGAUAACAGAAUUAAUCAACAUUCCCCUAUAUUUUUUUUUGGUGGAAGUCAAUCGUGAACAUUUGUUAAGUACGUAUUUCAUUAGAAAAAUUGGUACCUGCCUGCGGAACUCGAACACCGGUGCAUCGCUACAUACGAAUGCACCGGACGUCUUAUCCUUUAGGCCACGACGACUUCAAUCUAGUGUAGUUGACCGAUUAUUCAUCUACCCAAUAAAAUAAUGUUUAUGAUAUUGACCAUUAGACGGGUAUUACUACAACAUUCUACAAACUAUUAAUUUAAACUAAGAUGUCCAUGUGAUUUACAAAUGGUCUCCUAAUGCAUUUCUAGAAAAACGAUUGUUAUUAAAUUUGCUUAUGUUAAUUCUUCAAAAAUAUUGUCUAUAUCAGAUUCCUGUUAAUUCCAAAAUAAAGAUUUUAAUCUCUUGUCCAUGGGCAAGGGUGUUCUAUUUGUGGUUUCUAUUUUUAGAGAUCUUCUACACUAUUAAUCUGAUGGCUAAUUGUUAUUCAGUAUCAGUUGAUCACUUUUAGAUAUUUUUGCUUCCUUAACCUUGACCUCUAUCUAGCCCUGCAAUGGAAUAUUUCAACCAAUUUUAUGACCUGCAGUUAACUUGAAAAUCCACACACAUAUCAAACACCAAUGUCAAUACAAUAUUUUUUUGUACUUUGAUGUAAUAUCCUGAACCAGAUAAAUGGGUAUUGAAAUAAAAGCAUCGCUUAAAUUUUAUAGUUUGGUAAUUGAAUUUUGUUUUAUUAUUAUUUUUUAAUUCUAAAUGGCUCUCUAUAAAAUAUAAACGUCGACAACGUUUGAGUACAUAUUUUGUGUAAUGUUCAGUACCAGGUUAAUUGAAUAUAUAAUUAACGAAAUUUUAAAAAUUGAAUGUUUUUUAACAUAAGUUAAUUAAGUAAUGUUUAUUAGUGAUUUAUGUAAUAAGGUAUAAAACUUAUUUAAUAUAUAUUUCUAGUCACUAAA